AGGAAGGUUGCUCAGGAAGUGAGCAAAGAAUGUUCCAAGUUGCUCCCGUUUGGCACUCUCACUUUCGAAUAUAUUUGUCUUUUAAAAUGAACAAGCCGGCUUUCAUUUUCUUUGCGUUCUCUAUCCAAAUAUCUCAGUGUCAAGGUAUUAUCCCUAUCCGUUAUGAAGACUAUCAUUGUACUGAAGAAAAUAAUACUAUUAACAGGGAGCCAGUGAACUGUACAGACAUGCAACUCUCCUAUAAUAAUACUAUUGUUUAUACAAGUCCUCCACCUGAAUUCCUCCAUCCUCUCAUGGAUUUCCCUGGUCCCAACUUUUUCACCAUUCAGGGAUGUCAUGUUAUUGAGCUUAAAUGUUAUACGGAUGAUAAGCAAGAGUUCCACGUCAUUUAUACUGGUGUGAAGGUUAAGACGACACCCAUGGUUAAAAAUGAUAGCCUGUAUAUUGGGCGGGGUGUUGGUUUUGGUAUUGCCAUAAUCGGAGCAGUGGGAUUGGUGGGAUAUAUCCUUUACAACACAUAUUGCGAGAGCAGGAAGAAGCCUCUGCCUGAAGGAGGAGCAGAAGAGGGAAGUACACUCUUCAAUAAUGAUGCAGCCCAGAGUCGUACACACCCCCAGUUGGAAAUUAGUGUUCCUAUAGAAAUGGAGGAUUAGUGCAAGGACUCGGUGGUACAGCAAUAGUUUAUUUCUCUCAGGACAACCUGUACCUCAGCCUGGGACACUGGAUAAAUUUCUUGGACCAAACGUCAAGUUGCCUUCUCAACGUCUGCUUUGAAAGAAACUUCGCUCUCCUGGCAAGAGAGACAAACUGGGACCCAUCUGAAGCGCACCCUGCGCUACGAGCGCUCAAGUGUAAUUUUUUUUUCCCCUUGAUGUUAUUUGUUGGUGGGAUCUUCCUGUGCCAGGUAUGACUCCACCCAGAGGAGAGUUUUUCCUUCCCGAUUUCCAUUGACUUUGUGGUUUGCCUGAGCUCCCUGUGGAUCCACAAGACCAUAAGACACGGGAGCAGAAAUUAGACCAUUCGGCCCAUCGAGUCUGCUCCGCCAUUCAAUCAUGGCUGACACAUUUCUCAACCCCAUUCUCCCACCUUCUCCCCCGUAACCUUUGACCCCCCUUACCAAUCGAGAACCUGUCUAUCUCGGUCUUAAAUACACUCAGUGACCUGGCCUCCACAGCCUUCUGUGACAAUGAAUUCCAUGAUCGGGUCUUGAUGUGGAGGCCAGUCACUCCCACCUCACCCCAGGAGCGUUGAGCUCUUUUGUCCAUGUUUGAACCAAGGCGGUUAAUGAAGUCAGGAGCCUAGUUGCCCCUGCCGGAACCCAAACUGGGCACCAGUGAGCAGGUUA